AUGGACGAGAGAUAAAAAGGCACUUGUGUCAGAGAAACCAGUUAUAUUCCGUAAAGGCGCAGGGCAGUCCUGAGCACUCAACUCCCAUUGUCUUUUCUAAAUCGGACGCGGUAGGGGCAGCAACGACCCCCCGCCUGCAAAUUUCUGAUCUCCGACUGCCUUUUACUGUCGUCCUUUUUCCUCUGUCGCAGUUCGUUUUGAUUUGACACUUAUAGAGUAGAUAGAUUGUUCUCAGUUCUCUCUCUCUCUCUCUCUCUCUCUCUCUCUCUCUCUCUCUCUAUAUAUAUAUAUAUAUGUAGAUCUUUAUUUACUUUGCUUUCCCGAAUCUUCUUGAUUUUUUUCCAUGGUUGGUGUUUUGCUUUUGUUGAAUUUAAUCCUUUUUGGAUUCCUAUUCGUGCACGAUCGCCGUCUUGUCUGAUUUUCAAUACAGGUUCUUACAAACAUAAAGCCUGUUUUUCUGGAUUCGUUAUUGUCGUCUUGGAAUCGACUUUUGCUGGGAUACGAAUGUGGGUUUAAUGUCAUUUUUGUUGCUGAUUUUUGGAAUGUCUGUUUGAUUCUACGGCAAGUUGAGUUGAGAAAGAGGCAAGCUUUAAUGGUGUUUUUGAUCUUUUCCAUUAAUCAGGUUAGAUGGUUUUCUUUCAAGGACUUCUUAUUGGAGCUCUGGCUUGAAAUCGGCAUCGGGGAUUGAAUGGGUCUUGUUUCUUAAAUAUUUCCCCAAUAGAACUGAGGUGCAAAAUCGAUUUUCGGGUUUGACAUCUUUGGAUUAUAAUGGGUUCGUUCUGGUUCAUUCUGCGCUAUUUCUGGGGCAGAGGCCUGUUCUUUCGAAGUGGUAGAAUGAUCAAAUUACCGGUAAUAUGCGAGAUAUGGUUGGAUUGAAAAGAGCUUUUUGUUAAUGAGGGAGCGCUGACAGAAACCAAAUGGACCACCUCUUGAGCUGCAAGCAUUUAAGAUUGUUCCACUUGAAUUCUGCGGCAUGCAGAUGUCUUGCUUUGAUCGUUUCUGUCCUGGUUUUUAGAGCUGUUUUGCUGUCUUCAUUAAAAGAGUUUGGUGGGAUUGAAUUGAACAACUCUAUAUUGAUCCGUAACCGAUCUUUGCCAUUGAAUUCUGAAUUCGGAAUCCGGAAAGACAAGUUCUUGGAGGUUCCUCAAAUUGUUUGGGGAUUAAACAAUCAGAAAAUUGCAUUUGCAAGAGCUUGCCUAACUGCUAGAAUGCUGAACCGAACGCUUUUGAUGCCUCAGUUAAGUGCUUCACUAUUUUACAAAGAAAUUGACCUCCUGCAACCCAUUUCCUUUGAUAAGAUCUUCAAAUUUGAGAGGUUUAAUUCACUAUGCAAAGGGUUCGUCCAGUUGGGUCAUUACUCAGAUCUCUUAAAUCAAACGCAGGAAAUUCAACUUCAGAAGGGAAGUGGAAGGAAAUGGACAGCUGAAAGAGAUUUGGAUCAAUUGAGACAAUUUAGCAAUGACCCAUUUGAUGCAUUUGAGAUGAUUCGCAUAACUGGGAAGAAUCCAUUUUUGUGGCCUGAUCAUUGGCCAGUUAAAGAGUAUGCGAAAGUUUUUGAAUGCUUAGUUUUAGUGGACGAAAUAGCUAAGGAAGCUGAUAGAGUUGUCUCCAAGAUUAGAACAACAGGGAGAGAGUUGAAAAGAAAAUUUGAUUCUUCCCAAAGUCAUAUGGAAUUAGAUGGUUCUUCAACUCAGUCAGUUCCUUAUGCAGCUGUCCACUUGAGAAUAGAGAAAGACUGGAUGAUUCACUGUAAGAAGUUAGAGCAAAGGUCCAACAUAAACCAAAUCUGUAGCAGCAAGGAGGAGAUUAUGGAAAGAGUAGGAAACAUUGCGGGCUUGAAAACUCCAACUGUUGUUUACCUUGCAGUGGCUGACAGUCUUCUUGAAGAUGCUUCUAUAUUAAGUGGUUGGAAGGAAGGCUUGCUUCCUUUUGAGAAGAAAAAAUUGGGUGUUGAUGGAAUUUAUAAGAAGUAUCCAUAUCUAAUUCAGUCAGCUAUAGAUUAUGAGGUUUGCUUGAGGGCAGACGUCUUUGUUGGGAAUAGCUUUUCUACAUUUUCAAGCCUUAUAGUUCUCGAGAGAACUCUUAAAAUUAUCAGAAUGGGUGUCACUAAUACUUGUGGCAUGGAUUUACGGUGGGCUUCAUAUGCAUAUAAUAUAUUAGGGAAGUCAAAAGGCCCUCAGAGAUGGAUGACAAAUAUGUCUGAUUUGAGCCUUCAGGCUAUUAGCUAUGGUUCUAAGGAUAUCUCCUGUUGAAUGUUUCUAGCUGCUGUUUUUAGAUCAGAGAGAAUAUUUGUCUCCACUGUGUUCUUGAAAUAUAUUUGAUGUGUGCGGUGGAAAUGGGUUGGUAUAGUUUGGAGGAAUUUUUGGCCUAAAGAAUAUAAGUAAUAUAGAAUCUCAACACAGCAGUUUAAUACAAAUUAGGUACAUUUUAAUAUAUUAAAAUUUUUUUGAUUCAUUUUAUUUCUUGCUGAUUAUUUUUAUUUUCCCAUAUUCCAUAUUUUCAUAGAAGAGAUUCAUCUCAGUACCAUAUUCUUUGUAAGCUUCUCUUAAGAUUUUAUUUGGAAUUCUUCAAAUGAAGAAACCUUAUGUGAUGUGUAUUUUUAGGUAAAUGCAAUGCCCAUUUCAUUUUACCAUAUUACUUAUUGGAUUUUGGGUAAAA